CGAAUACAAACUUGAACUUGUUUACACUAAUUUUAAGUUUGCCAAUCGCAGUUAUAGGGCCGCCGCAGCAUUUCCACGGUCACAAAGUGUAAUUAAAACAAUGAACCAGAAGACUACUUUGUAAAAAGUUUUUUUGAUGGAUUUACAAAAGUUGAAAAGCAAAUACGAGUAACUCUUCCUAGAAAUCACAAUAUUGAAGACCAUCACGUAUCGUCAAACUCCCCGAGUAGUUGAUGCACGGAACUGUUUGACAGCACGCAGACCAUAAAUAUGGAAGACCCGUCGAUGACAAAAUUCACCGAGCAGCCACAAGUUAAGGCACCGCAGUUCAAGGACUUGCUGGAGAAGUUGAAAGCCAAAGAACAGCCAGAAGAGGAGGGACGGGACGUUGACUACACGAGUUUGAGUCCCAACCCUGUACCGAGUACUGAGACGAAUAUAUACAACGGGCGCAAUACGAUAGCUCAGAGGGAUCUGGCUUAUGUUGAGAAACAUUUAAACAGUUGCAGAACGAUAAUCUCUAAUUUGAAGGGUCUGCUUGAUGGACAGUCAGCUCAGUCCCAGCCCAUAGCGCCGGCAUGGAGGUGGCCCCGCAGUGCCGGGUGAAUGCGGUGGAUUUACCUGGCGGGGUUGGCUGGACCGAAAGUCCCCGCUAGUCCCCAGACCUGGAAGGGGGGACGGUGGUUACAAUUGACUAGUGCAU